AUGGAACCAUUCGCACCAAAUGACUCAAAUGCUGCCUUUAGUGAAGAGGCUGACCACAUCGCUCGCGGAAGAGCCGACGGUUCUUCAACAGCAAAUGCGCUUGGACUGGAAAAUAUAAAAGUAGCCGCAGAUGUAGCCAACAAGGGCACGAGCAUAAGAGAUCGCAUCAAGAAAACGCUCGUGGCAAACGCGUGGGCAGCUACCCGCGUGGUGUCGCACACCAGGAACCUGCAGGAGUCUGCGCUGUCGCACGAGAGGCAGAUCGCCACGGAGACUUGUGCCGAUGACAGCCAGUUUGAGAUUGGUCCUUUCUAUGGGCUUCCCACGAAGGUGCACAGCCUUCUGCAACAACAGCGUGGCAUUAAAGAGCUCUACGCCUGGCAGCACGACUGCUUGUCCCUGGACUCCGUGAGACGAGGGAAGAAUCUGAUUUACUCUUUACCGACAAGUGGCGGCAAGACGCUCGUGGCAGAGAUCCUCAUGCUGAGGCAGCUGCUCUGCAAGAGAACGGACGCUCUGCUCAUUCUUCCCUACGUUGCCAUCGUCCAGGAGAAGCUUGAAAUCUUCAUAGAGGAAUACGCGGGAAGCAAGGGGCGCAUGCCACCGCGAAAACACCGAAAGAAGAAUUCUCUCUACAUCGCCACCAUUGAGAAAGCCCACAGCCUGGUCAACGCCCUUCUAGAGGAGGGGCGCAUGAAGGAGAUUGGCCUGAUCGUUGUGGAUGAGCUGCACAUGUUGGGCGAAGGUGGCAGCCGUGGGGCCACCCUGGAGCAGACGCUGGCCAAGGUUCAGUAUGCGUCAAAAACAACUCAGGUCAUCGGUAUGAGUGCCACUCUGAGCAACAUCAAGGACUUGCAAAAAUUCCUGAAUGCGGAGUUGUACACUAACGAUUUUCGACCGGUCCAGUUAAGAGAGUACAUUAAGCUUGGAGACUCUAUCUACGAGGUAAACAACAAGGCUCGGUGUCCAGAAGAAAGCUUCAGUUUUAUCCGACUGCUCAGUCACAAG